AUGAUGGGCGGCGAAGUCGGACCAUCAUUGUUGUUUGUAAAGAUCAAUGCAGUUAGGAAUACAAAGGUGUUGAAUGGUACGGAUGGCGCAGUUCUAUGUGUAGCCAACAUCGAAGGCGUCGACUACCAUCCAAUCGAUGUGGUGCUUCGACGACCAAAGUCCGAGCACGGCCUUCAGAAGAACACCCUAGUCUUCCAAGUGCCACACGUCUCUGCCAACAUUGAUCUGUCAUUCAAGAAGAAGUCACAUAGAGACGAGUCAUCAUCAUCCUCAUCCUCAUCCUCCUCCUCAUCCAGCCACAACACUCCUACUCCCACUUCCUCCCCCAUAAUAGCCAAGGUCAACGUUCAACUUCAAUACUCAACACUACCAUUCCUCCCCCGCAACCCAUCAUACAGCUCACUGGCGUCGAAUGCAUCGCCAACGUCGUCGCCGAGACACUCCCCACAGGUGGGCACGAUGCCCAUGUAUGUGGGCUCGUCAUCGCCCCUGCCCAUCCAGCUGGGCGCCUCUACGGGCUCCAUCCACACAACACCUCUUCACCAAUCGGCGCCACACAUCGCCAUUCCCUCCUCUUCAUCGUCGCUGUCACAUGCCGGCUCCAGUGCGCCACCCUCGCCGAGCGAGCGCGCGCUUUCCGGCUCACCCAACUUCUUCUUCAAUGGCGGACACGGCGGCCCUGGCACACCAGGCUACCACUCGAUAUCCUCGCCAUCGCUCCACAGCUCCAUGGAGGCAGAGGAGGCGCUGCGCAUUGAGUCCAGUCUCCGAUGGUAUCGUCUCAGCUUCAGCAGCGACGCGACCACAUCAGGCCCAUCAUCUUCGACAUCGAGCGACAAUCUGUCGCCCUCCUCAGACAGCAACGACGAGCUGUCAUUCACAUCGGACGAACCCGAGGUGCAGCUGCAGAUCUCCUACGAGCUCAAUAGCAGCUUGCCCAUGCUGGUGCGUCUAAAGUCUCUGCACCGCGACCUGCUCGACAUGCUCGUCACAUCCAAGCUUCAACUGGUUCACGCCUGCUGCGACGCAAUCGACAUCUCCUCGGCGCAGAUGAUGGCUCGCUCACUCGUGGACAUAUUCCAUUCGCAUCACAAGCUUCUGCAUCUGCUCAAGACCUUCAUCAAGAAGGAGGUGAACGCGUGCCACGACCCAGGCACGCUGUUUCGCUCCAACAGUGUCGCCAUGAAGAUGGUCGUGGCCUAUGGUCACAAGACCGCGCAUCACUACCUGGCCAAGACGCUGACGCCCCUGGUCACUGAGCUGUGCGCCUCUACGCUGUCGUUCGAGGUCGACCCGACCAAGCUGCAGCCCGACGAGGACGUCGCGGCCAACAUUGAGAACCUCAAGAUGAUGUCGCAGAAGUUCUUUGACCGCAUCUACCAGUCGAUCGACCAGUGCCCCAAGUCCAUUAUCGAGAUCUGCUAUUACUUCAAGAAGAUCGUCAGCCGCAAGUUCCCCAACCACUGGCGCUCGGCCGUUGGUGGCUUCAUCUUCCUGCGUCUGUUUUGUCCAGCGUGUGUGUCGCCAGAGAACUCUGGCAUCAUCUCUCCGGGCCGUGUCGGUAUCACCGAGAGACGCGCACUAGUCCACGUUGCCAAGUGUCUGCAGAACCUGUCCAACCAGGUGACAUUCAACCAGGACUACAUGGAGCCGGUGAACGACUUCAUCGUGUCCAACUCACCCAUCUUGGACGACUUCUUUGUGCGACUGGCUUCACGUCCAAGCGAGGACCAAACAAUCGAUGGUAUGAUCGUCACGGAGGAUGCGCUGACCGAGGGCAUCACCUACAUCCAGCAGUUCCUCGACAAGAACCUUGAGCGUGUCAUGCAGAACCUAGAGUCACUGGGAUGUCCCGAUCUGGUAAAGCCUGAGCGUCUCCAAGAGGCGAUCGACGCGUCAAAGCGUGCAGGAACCAUGUCACACUCACUGUUGGCACAGCUCAAGAACCGCUCCAACUCAUCCUCACCAUCGGGCUCGCCGCCCAAGUCGUCAGAGGUCAAGAAGUCGCGAUCAAGCUCCGGCUCUGACGGCAAAGAGACAUCCAAGUGGACCACACUCUCCAAGAACCUCAAGAUCGCCAAGCAGACCGUCAUCACCCCGACCCUCAAUGUGAUCUCCAACUUCCCCUCGCAGAGGGAGGAAGAGGUGAUUAUGAAUGUUGCGUUCGAUUGGAGAGAGAACCCAAGACCAGCGAGCGUGGUCAUUCUCCAUCUGUUACGCAAGAUCGUGGCGAUAUGCAAGCAGAACAAGUUGAGCGAACAACAGAGUAUGCAGCUCAACCUACAGCCACUCAACUGGGCGUUGGUCCAGCAGACGCCAGAGUUUGCUUCGUUUGAGCGCGAUGUACAGGAAUUGCAGACAAUCACAUUCGAGUCCACUUCGAGUCCGUACAUGGCGUCGUUCUUCUUGAACGCAUUCAAUCUGAUGAUCAUCCACAUGCACUUCCUGCUCGGCCCACCCAUCAGUGAGAGUCGCAGGAGGGCAUUCUCCAUCCACAAGUAUAACAUUGGUGGAAACAUCUACUCGUUACACGAUAUCCUGAACGGAGUGUUGCGUGCCAAUCCCAAGAACUCAAUCACGCGCACCAGGCAGUUGCGUGGCGGUGACACCAAGCGACAGUUUGUCCUCCAACUAGACCCGCGCUAUCACUUUGCCCUGUGCAACGUCAAUGUUACCCUGCCCUGUCUGCGCAUCUUCUCGCCCGAGACCCUCAACGACGACCUCCGCAAGUGUGGCGAGGAGUUCUGCAGCUCAAAGAUAGAUAUAUGCACCAAGAAGAAAGAGAUAAGCUUGCCUCGAUUGUUCUCUCAGUACGCCACAGACUUUGGAAAGAACAGGACGGAGAUGUUGAAGUACGUGUUCCAAUUCCUGACAUCGACCAAGAGGAAUGAGCUACAUGAUAUGUUGGAGAAGCCUUCAUUCUUGUGUCUAUAUCGUGGCGAGAGCUGGGCACCCAUCACUCACAAGACAAAGUUCGUCGACUUUGAGGACGACCUACAAAGCGAGAAGGAGGCCAAGGAGAAGAAGAUGACUGAGAAGGUGUCGCGAAGGAAGUCGAGAUCACUCACACAUGGCAAUCGUCUGGCGCAGACCAACAAGAAGGACUCCAGUGCCAUCACCCUGAUCAACACGCUCAAGACUGGCGCUCAGCAGUCGACCAAACAGAUUCUCGCCAUAUUGAACCAGGUGGUGAAGCGUGUGUCUGAGACACUGGACAUCCAGUUUGUCUCGAGCGUUGUGGAUAUACUCAAUCAGACGACCAAGCAGCUCUCGUUCAACGAGUGGCAAAAGGCCUCGAGCUAUCUCACAACGAGCCCCGGUGGCCCGUCCGAGAAGGUCGCGCCCAUCAAGCCACAAACACAGAUCUUCAGCAACCUCCAGCUGCACUGCCUGAGCCCCAACGCCAUCAGCUCGUUCACCCCCGUGCUGCAGGAUCUGUACGCAUUGACGCUGUCGAUCGAGAAGGAGAUGAACAAGUUUAUCGACUUUAUGGACAUCGCGUCCUUUGCCCAACUCAACGACAUUAGCGAGUUGUUGUCGGACGUUGCCGAGCAGAUCACCAAUCGCAUUGUCAACAUGGCCGACGAGUCACUGGCCGAGUCCACAGCCAACAUCAAGGAGACACUGCAAAUGACCAUCAGAUACUUCACCGCCACCAUGUCCGUCACGACAUCAACAAUGAUCUCGGCACCUGGAACAGUGUCGCAGGUGGAGGAGCAGUUAUUGCCACUCAUUAUCAAGGAGUUGUUGGUGAGCGGUACCAACAAUAACAACAGUGUUGAUAUCAACAACAGCAACAACAUCAAUGGCAACAACAAGGCGAUGCUUUUGAAACGCGAUGCAGCAUUGGUCAACUCCAAACUGGCAGAGCUUCCAGAUCAGAUCGCUCGAUGCAACACAAAGGAACAACUGGCACCCAUCCUUAUCAAGAUUGAGAGAGUUGGUCGUUUGAUCUUCAUGAUCGAGGAGCAAUCAUUUGGUCGACACUCUCCAAAGUUAUCGCCUCGAGGCUAA